GAAAAGUCGAACGCAGUCCCAGUGUAUAAGAAGGAUACACCAGUCUCCCACUUGGUGAAGACCUGCCAGUUUUCCUCGCCCAGCUACCUCAUCCGGGAACCCGCCGACAUCGACGCCAUCUGCAACCAGGUGAGCUACCCACUUAUGCUGAAGCUAGAGCACGGAAACAGCGCAUCGGCGCGACGCUUGUGGCGAGCGCCGAGGAGCUAAGGAAGCAACAUCGCGCCACCAUCGACUGCUUCCAAACGGAGGCCGACCACCCUGCGUUAGGACUGGGGUUCGGGCCGGAAACGCUCGUCAUGGAGUUCUACGGGGGCACAGAGCAUGACGUAGACGUGGUCAUCUACGGGAACAAGCUCGUUGGGGCGUUCAUUUCCGACAACGGACCCACUAACUUCCCCUCUUUCAGGGAAACUGCUGCCACUAUGCCGUCAUUGCUGCCGCCGGACCGCCAGGCACAGCUGAUUGUGGCCGCCUUCAAGUGCUGCGUAGACAUCGGCCUCUCCGACGGCGUCUUCAACGUCGAAAUGAAGAUGACGGCCCGUGGACCAAAACUCAUCGAGAUCAACGGUCGGAUGGCUGGUUUUUUAUCUGCGCAAGUGGAUCAGGCGCCUGCACGGCAUCGACCCUCGCGAUGUGCGCGUUCAUGAUCUCGUGCGACAUUAAACCGUUCGUGCCAAAGUUCCAGCCGUACGAGCGCCUCAUGGGAGUAUUGUUACUUCCGUCUCUCCACAGCUAUCUUGUAAACGACAGCCACUUCCGGGAACGUAUAAAAUGCCUUCAAGAUAACGGCGAGGUGUUGUUCCACAUGUUCCAGGAAGACAACAUGGAUGUGGAGGAAGACGAGAUGCCGUACGGAAGCUUAGGUGUCUCUGGCACCGACCCCGACGUCUGCCGCGAAAAGUUUUUAGCUCUUUGCAAUGAGUUGGGGAUCGAGAGCGACACCUACAAGGUCUCAAACUUCGUCCACUAUUUCCGGUAUUAACCAACAUUUAGUUUAGAUCUCAGGAAGUGUAUGUUGAGAUUUAAUAGGUUUAUUAUUAUGCUUAUGCUUAUGUUUUUGAGAUGUAGACUUUUCAUAGAUGAACUCAGGGAUGUAUAAUGUACAAUCGUAAUCAAUGCAUGCAACGUUGAAAAGCAAGAUACUCAUAUUUGUACGAGGUUAUGAAUCAACAUAAAGAAAACUAAACAUUUAUAAGUGUGCAUGAUAUUAAUACGUAUUUUGUUAUAUACAAGCAUUGUAUCAGAAUAUCAGUAGUGCCUUAAAUGAUAAAAAGUCGUGAAUUUCAUAAUCAUGUAUUCUGGUAUGAGCCUCGUCCGGGGGAAAAGUUGCUUAAUCGAGUGUAUACAAUGCCAUCCAAAAUUAGCCAGUGUAAUUUCCACAGGCUUAUCAGGUACCACACUUUUCGCAGUAACUGGAUUUCAUUACAAAUAGACUUCCUAUGAAUGGAAAAUUCCAUCAAAGCGGAAAGUGUCGUCCCUGAUAAGCUUUGCGUGCGACCCAUGCUAAAUUGGGAUGACACUUAACGCGCAUGCACUUAGCCCAGCUUUCCCAGGCUCAUAUUAUCUCUGACUUAUGACGCAAUUAUGUAAAUAUUUACUCUAUGUACUGUCUUUACUUCUCUAAGUUUAACUAGCUCAACAAAAUUGUGCAGUUUUAAGUAAUCCAUAUAAAACAUUCACAUUUACGUAAUGAUGUAAUAUAUCUUUAUAUAUAUAGGAUCUGGCACUCGUUGUCGUAUCAUACCAUAUUUUAUUUAACGAGUUUAGGAAUUUUGUUGGUAAGCGAGCCUUUAUAUUUUAUAGUCGGUUCAAAAGCUCACAUGAGCUUAUGUUUGUAUAUGUUGCUGUCUUGCCGACUUUAAAUAAAACUUAUCUUAUCUUAAACAUAAUUAUACAUCCCGAAUGUUGUUUACAUUUCGUGACGUCAUUUCACAUUGCAACGUCAUUUUAGCAAAAUAACAAAAUGCGAAAACUAAGCCAAUGAAAACGCUUAAAAUGUAUGUUACACAUGUGUUAGAUAAAACUAUAUGAAAUGGUAAUAUUACUUGGGAAAAAGGGUAUGGCAUGUGAUAAAAUACAUUAUGUCAUGCAUGGUAUAAUAUUUGUAUUUUAUGUACUGCAAGUAAAUGCAAGUGUACUUUAUAACUCAAAUAUAUACAUAAUAGUUUA